CUUUCGUCCUCUUCUUGUUGCGCGCCAUCCGAUCGCCGCUGCCAGGUCGUGUCCUUUCUCGUCGCCGGCAAGGCCUCCUCCCACCCAAUUUCCUUGACGAGAGGCGCUGCUCGGUUCCCCGGACCUCACCUGGGGCCUGCCUGGCGUCCAUUUUAGCCUAAAAUAGGCUUAAAUAGUCAGAUUUUGAGCACCCAAUCUCGAUAAAGAAAGCCCCAAAGAGGCAAUAGCCAGCUGCCAGCCCUAGUACGACGACGUGCCGCCGCCAGCUGCCUCUGCGCGAAGACGACGCGCCGCCGUAGAGUUGCCCAGGCCCGCUGACUCCCGAUCUGCAUCUCUCGGACUGCCCGACGCCUUGCGGCUGCGGACGCCUUUCGCUGUGCGGGCUGCGUCCAGUGGAACGUCACCUCUCCCAGCGCGGGACGCGCCUCCAGGCUCCAGCGGAGCUCGACAGGCCGGCAGUUGACCCCUUGCCAACUGGCUCCUGGACUCCUGUUUUGCUGGGUUGAGGAGAACCAUGCCGGACGUGAAGUCCGCUGCUGCCACGGUCGCCAAGGCAGUGGCUGGUGACUCUCCUUCCCCUGCUGCUACUCCUCCUGCGCCGGCCGUCGCCAGCAGCAAUGGGACACCGCAGAAGCCGCCUCCUAUUCCAGCUGCCACCUUCGACAUGCCCAAGCCAAACCUUCGUGGUCUUAACAAGCCCAAGUGCAUCCAGUGUGGUAACGUUGCCCGCUCCAGGUGCCCAUUCCAAUGUUGCAAGAGCUGCUGCUACAAGGCUCAGAAUCCUUGUCACAUCCAUGUCCUGAAGCAGAGCAACACAUUGCCAGAUAAGCCAUCACCUGCUACUGCUUCUUCAACAGAACAGCCAUCUACCAAUUUACCCGCAACCAGUUCAGCAUCAAGGCUAGCUGCCUUGCAAAAGCUUCCUCAGCAUUUUCUGAAGUCUCUCCAAACAAAGAAGUCGCUUACGAAAAAGGAUGCCGUGGCUAUAAACAAGUGGAGGUUUAUGAAGCUAAGGGAACAUAUGCAAGGCGAUAUCGAUGAUGAAAACGAAGCAUAUGAGAGGUAUACACAGAAUGUUAGGUUACUGGAGGAAACAUUCUAUCCCAUGGAAUACGCUGAUGUCGAGCCUGAAGCCGAAGCACCUUCUUCAGACGAAGAAAGGAUGGACUUGCUGGUUUCGGAGGCAAAGGUGAGGCUGAAGUCGGAUAACGAAAUCGCUGAUCGCUUCAAGGAGAGGGUCGCCGCCAUCUUGGACCAGAAGCUGAAAAAACUGCUCGAGAGCCAAAGCGCCGACGAGGACGACAAACUGUCCGAUCCAGACCAGGACGAUCAUCUAAACCCGGCGAAGUUCAGCGCGAAGCAGAAGGCAGAGAGAAGCGCGAGCUUAAACGAGCUGCUCGGUAAGCUGACACGGGCACGGAGCGAGGACGACCUGAAGCCGUGCCGCGAUCUCAUCGAGCAGCUGUUUGGGAAGGAGAAGGGCUCCUCUACUGACAGGCAAGCUGGAGUGGAGAUGGAGCAGAGAGAUCAAGAGUCAGCCGCAGCAGCAGUAGCACAGCCUUACUCCGUCCCAGAGUUGUGCGCUAGGAUGGAGGUUGAUGAGGACUUUGCCGCAAAGAUUAGUGAUGAGUUCUCGUUGAGUCAGGUGGCGCAGCUAUGAAUCUGGAACCCGGCCUUCGAUGAGUUCUCGUUGAGUCAGGGGGAUGCAAUGUUAUUAUCACUGAGCUCCUUCGAUGUGUACCAACUCAACAGCGCUAU